GUCUGCGUCGGUUUUGACGUCGCUCCGGUUAAACCGUGCUCCCCGCUUCAUUCCAGCAGAGGCUCUUCAUCACUGACGCUCACCUGUCCCUCCUCCCUCCGUGUGAACGUGGAAUAAUACGUUUUUAAUUUUUCUAAAAUUUAUAACGCCUUCAGAGGAAACAAACAUGGCCAGCAGCUUCUCCAGAAUCCUGUCCUCCAAACGAAACGUCGGGCUCCUGUCUCUGGUCGGUGGCUCGGUAACAGUCGGGUUUCUGCUCCACCGGGAACAUGUCAGCGCCGGAGUCCCUGUCCGCAGGAGCUACCCCGCCAGUGCGGAGUACCCUGACCUGCGCAAACACAACAACUGCAUGGCAAGUAACCUGACACCUGCCAUCUAUGCCAAGCUGUGUGAUAAGGCCACUCCCAAUGGUUACACACUGGACCAGGCCAUCCAGACGGGCGUGGACAACCCUGGGCACCCCUUCAUCAAGACUGUUGGCAUGGUAGCGGGAGACGAGGAGUCUUACGAGGUAUUUGCAGAACUGCUGGACCCCAUCAUCAAAGAGAGGCACAAUGGCUAUGACCCCAAUACCAUGAAACACCCCACCGACCUGGAUUCCAGUAAGCUCCAGUCGGGCCACUUUGAUGACCGUUAUGUGCUGUCAUCCAGGGUGAGAACAGGCCGCAGUAUCCGGGGGCUGAGCCUGCCCCCAGCUUGCACCCGGGCAGAGCGCAGGGAGGUGGAGAGGGUGGUGGUUGACGCCCUUGCCGGCCUGAAGGACGACCUGGCCGGGAAGUACUACAGUCUCACUCUUAUGACAGACCAGGAGCAGCAACAACUCAUUGAUGACCAUUUCCUGUUUGACAAGCCCGUGUCACCCCUGCUGACGUGUGCAGGCAUGGCUCGUGACUGGCCAGACGCCCGUGGUAUCUGGCACAACAAUGAGAAGACUUUCCUGAUUUGGAUCAAUGAGGAGGAUCACACCAGGGUCAUCUCCAUGGAGAAGGGAGGGAACAUGAAGAGAGUCUUCGAUAGGUUUUGCAGAGGCCUCAAGGAGGUGGAGCGUCUGAUCCAGGAGAGAGGCUGGGAGUUUAUGUGGAAUGAGAGGCUUGGUUACGUCCUCACCUGCCCCUCCAACUUGGGCACUGGGCUCAGGGCCGGGGUCCACGUCAAGCUGCCUCUGUUGAGCAAGGAUGCCCGCUUCAGCAAGAUCCUGAGCAAUCUGCGUCUGCAGAAGCGAGGGACAGGCGGCGUGGACACCGCAGCUGUAGGAGGUGUGUUCGACAUCUCCAACCUGGACCGCCUGGGACAUUCUGAGGUCCAGCUGGUACAGACCGUGGUCGAUGGCGUCAACUACCUGAUUGAGUGCGAGAAGAGACUGGAGAAAGGCCAGGACAUCAAGGUGCCCGCACCCAUCAAGUCUUUCAAGUAGACACUGAUCCCUAACCUCACCCCACAAACCCCUGGGCACACACACAUGCGCCGACACCCCACUCUGUGCCCAUAGAUAUUAUAAAUAUUAUAAAUAUCUAUGUCAUUGCCUCAUCACUACUACUAAUCUAAUCACCCCUCCCUGCCUCCCACUAUACCUCUAUAAUAUAAUCUACAUAUAUUAGAUGCAGCUAUCUGGCAAAAUAAACCUGAAUCCCAGAAUAUUGCAUCUGUGUAUUUCAGAUGUUUGAAGGGUUUUUAUCUUUAAACUGAAAUUCAAACUUAGCACUAAAGUCACAGCAAAGAUUAAUGAAGGACUACAAACUGCAGGCUGUUGUAAUGGCACAAAGAUGGCCGCCAGUUUGCCUGUGGCUGCAUGGCCAAACACUAUCUAUGGCUCUGCUCCCAAAGCACUUCUCAGUCCACCAAACCUAGCUUUACCCUGCCUCUGCCCUUUCCUGCCGCAUGCCCUUUGCUCACCCCGUCUCUUCCCAUCACUCUUGUGUGUUGUUUGGUCAUUCCUAAUAUCUGGUGCUUGUAAAGUCCAUCCAUUUGUGCGAUACUCUCCAUCGUGGAUUGUGUAUACACAAUUUCUUUUCACCAUUUUGAGUGGAUUUGAAUGUAGAUUUACAGAAUUAGAGACUUGUGUUCUCCAGGAUUUAUUUGAAAUGUAAUGUAAGAGCACACACUGGCUGUGCUGGGUUCGUACUGUAAGCCACUAAAGCAAUAUCAUUCCAGCUCGUCACUGAAUGUCACACUGUAAUGUCUUUUAUUAAAGAGAUCGUAUAUUCAACAGUA